UUCUUCUCACAUAAACCAUCAAUUGCGGCAAGUUUUCCAGCAAACAAAAUAUAGAUCCCAACACAAAACAGGGUAAAAAGAUGUCGAGGAUUCAAAGCGUUUGCAGUGGUCAUCGGGGCAACGCCUUCAACCCCUUCUCGCCCGUCCUUGUUUGGGACCCCUUGAAGGACUGCCCUUUUCCAUGUAAUUCAGGGGAGACUCCAGCUAUGAUGAACGCGCGCACGGACUGGAAGGAGACUCCGAAAGGUCACUUGUUUACGGUGGAUCUUCCGGGAGUGAAGGAGGAGGAAGUUAAAGUUGAAGUGGAAGAUGAUAAAGUUUUAAGGAUCAGCGGGGAGAGGAGUGUGGAGGAGAAGAAGGACGACAAGGAGAGGUGGCACCGGGUGGAGAGGAGCGGGGGGAAGUUCAUGAGGCGGUUCCGGCUGCCGGAGAAGGCGAACAUAGAGGAAGUGAAAGCCUCCAUGGAGAACGGAGUUCUUACAGUCUUCGUCCCCAAGGAGGCGGAGGAGGAGGAGGAGGAAGCGAAAAGGCCACGUUCCAAGAUCGUUGAGAUCUCUGGCCAAUAAAAUGAGUAUUGUAUUUGUAUGAAGAUGAAGAGUAGCGCUGCUGUAUUAGUUUUUGCUGAGAAGUAAAGGAUUAUUUCAAUUUUGUUCUUAACAAUGGACAAGUCCCAAUUUAUGUGAAUGGUGGAUGGCAAUGGCGAGAAGAGGCCGCAAUGGAGCGACGAUGAUGGCGAUGGGCUGGGGCAACGAAAAUGGGUUGGAGGCAAUAACUGAUUUGGAAACAAGAGGUGGCGAUGGAUGCAGAAGAAAGAGAUCCAAGUAAAGACGAGAAGCUAGGUUGGAGGCGGUGGCCAAUCUAUUGGAGACAACAAUGAUGAUAGUCGGCUAUGGAGGAGGCGACG